AUGUGGAGGCCUGGUAGAUGGAUCUACGUCGAUCAAGAUGGAGGAAACGAUCAGGAACAAGAACAAUCAACUAAAUCUGCACCAGCUGACCAUAGCUCUCAUCGCCGGUCUUGUCCAUUCGACCCUGCUUCUCCACCUUGGAAGACAGCAGGUCAAGUUCCAAUUGAGACUGCUGUCUUCAAGGACGGUCGUCGGAUGAGUAAACGUUUCGAAAAACUCUUGAAAGAGAAACAGGACAAGACCAAGACGAGCACUACAAACGCGGCUUCAAAUUCAACCAUAACCACAAGAAAAGAACGUAGUAAGAGCGUCAUCAGCAAUAAUAGCGUCAGUAUCGGAAAUAAAGAACCGCAAUAUCCUCCCACUCGUCGUUCACGAAAGAGUUCAUCCGUUACUUCGAAUCAAAUCAUCAAUCAAAACUCUCAAACCACUUCAUCUGCCCUUGACGAACCGAGCAAACCAUCAUCCUCUACUCUCAAGACUUCCCCUCCUGUAUCAUGUGAAGUCCUCAAUGCCAGCCAUAAACCUAGUUCACCUUCAACCUCACUAGUCAAUCCAAUUUCUCCUACCUCGACUCUACAGGAACCUACAACGCUCUCAGUACCACCCUCUAAUGCACAUCAAGUGCUUUCAUCGCCGCCACUUUUAUCGGUCCCUGAAUCAGAUGAACUUGGUGUGGCUCAAUCCACGAGAACCUCAAUACGAGUUGAUAAUCAUCAUCACACUGCUACUGAAAACCAGGAGCUGAUCAAUACUCAACUCGGAGACCCUGUUGCGGUUGAGCCAUCUGCCUCUUCAUCUCACCCGCCUCAAAUUGCACUCUCCAUCAUACCUACCAAAAGAUUCAGACCAUGGGAAGCGCUUAAAGGAAUUCAAACCGAUGGGGCUGAAGUCGCGGGUGACCUGAAAUUGAUUCAAGAAGGCACUCAAUCCAAGCUAACACGAUACCAUCACAAUCAUCGCAAACGUGACGCCCCUUCCGCUACAUUUACCUCUGACCUGAGCUUAAUGCAACCUGCCCCCGACCAUGUUUCAUUUCAACGUAAUGCUAGUCCAGGCGCCCCGUCAUCAACCACCAAACACUAUUCUGACCACUCCUCAGAUCUCACUGAACUUUCCUCUUCGCUGACUGAUCUUUCAGACGAGGACGAUCAUUGUCCGCAAUCCUCAUCCGCUUACUCCGAAUCUGAACUUGAGGAUGAAUGUUUACCUAAUUCACUUGUUCGAACGGUUCGUCGUCCGACUUCUACUGCUAGGGCCUCCAAUAAGCCAAGACCGCCAAAACUUAAGAUUCAUCGCCGUCAUCGCCGUCGUCGUAUCUCACGUCCCGAUGCAUCAACACAAAUGUUGGACGAUGAAGAGGAGGACGAAGAUGAACAACGGCUGCCACCUCCAUAUGUGAAGAUUAAAUCAAAUGUUUACUCGUACCGGAAGCCAGAGGUCAGCGACCUACCACCGGCUAUCUGUGGAUGCACCGACGGAGGAUGCGGAGAAAAGUGUUUGAAUCGAGUGACAUCCUAUCUGUGCGAUCCAAAAAGAUGUAGCCUUGGCCAAUCCUGUACAAACAUACCGUUGAACCUGCGAAAGGAUCUAAUUGACGAAUCGACGCAAAAAUUAGGAAAAGGGUUGAAGGUCUUUUAUACAGGAGACCAAAGGGGAUGGGGACUCAAGACUGAGAUCAGAUUGAAAGCCGGAAUAUUUUUGAUUGACUAUCGUGGUGAAAUCAUCUCAAGAGAGAGUUGUUAUAAAAGGGUAGUGAAUGAUUACAGAGGAAUGAGCAGUUUUUACUUUUUGGAUUACGAUGGAUCGGAUGUGAUUGAUGCGGGCAAGAAGGGGAAUUGUUCAAGAUUCAUCAACCACUCGUGUGAACCCAAUUUGCGAGUUGAAAGAUUCAAACUCUCAGGGUUAGAGGAAUACCAAAUCGGUUUAUUCACUUUACGAGAUAUUGAAAUCGAUGAAGAGCUUUCUUAUAAUUAUGGCUGGCAAAACUUCAGUGAUAUUGCACCUACUUCGAACAUCCGCACCUCUCACAAAGAAUCAGACGCGGCAAAUGAAGACCAGGAAGAGAUGACAACAGCGACUGCCCCUACAAUCCAACGUUGUCAUUGUGGAUCUAAGGUCUGUAAAGGAUUUCUAGGGCCCAAGAAGAAGGAAGACAGCAGGAGAAAGGGCCGGGUGGAUGAGUGA